CUUGGCUCGCUCGCUCGCAUUCACACACAAACACCACCAUCGCUCUCCUUCGGGUCGGCGGAGCAGCCAGCCAAAGGAGGCGGGGCUGCAGGAGGAGAGUCCGCGGUGCGCGUAAUCCAGUCCGGGACUUGGCUCCGCCCGGGAGCGGCGGCCUCUCGGUGACAGAGGAGUAGUGAGCGGCCGCGGGUGAGGCUGCAGCCAACUCCGCUCCCCUCGCACUCGGCUGCCCGGGCGCUCGGGACGCAGCAGCAGCGGCGCUUCUCCCUGGGCUGCCCGCCCGCCCGCGAUGUCCGCUUAGGAGCGGCGGCGGCCCGCAUCGCCACGCCCGCAGCACACCGCCGCGCCCCCGGCCGCAGAGCGGGGCUAGAGGGUGCACCCCUGCCCCAGCCCCCACCCGCCCCCCGCCCUGAAAUGACUUGUUAAUCGGCGGCGCAGACACCACCGAAGGGACUCGCUGGAGUGGAAUCCAAGUGGAAUUUGGAUCUGAAGAAGAGUUUUCUUGGACAUUGACUCCUUCCUUAUUGUUUUUUGUUUUCUUUCUUUCUUUUUUCUGCUGCUCCCCUUCUCCGCCUCGCCUUGGAGAUGAGCACAGAGCUUUUGCAUCCCAGAAAGUAGUCGCCGCGACUGGCGUCCCCAAAGAGACCAACCAGCACACAUGUAGGAAUGACAAAGGCUUGCGAAGGAGAGAGCGCAGCCCGCGGCCCGGAGAUCCUCUGGAUAAUGGAUUACUAAAUGGGAUCCACGCCGAACCAGCCCGCUCCGAGCCCCGGCCGCCGACCCGUCGAUGCACCGAAAAGGGUGAAGUAAAGAAAGAAAGUCUCCCCGCUGAACUACUAUGAGGCCAGAAGCCUUGCUGCUAUAUCUCACACUGCUGCACUGCGCUGGGGCUGGCUUCCCAGAAGAUUCUGAGCCAAUCAGUAUUUCGCAUGGCAACUAUACAAAACAGUAUCCGGUGUUUGUGGGCCACAAGCCAGGGCGGAACAGCACACAGAGGCACCGCCUGGACAUCCAGAUGAUCAUGAUCAUGAACAGGACCCUCUACAUCGCUGCCCGGGAUCAUAUUUAUACUGUUGAUAUAGACACAUCACACACAGAAGAAAUUUAUUGUAGCAAAAAACUGACAUGGAAAUCUAAGCAGGCUGAUGUAGACACGUGCAGAAUGAAGGGAAAGCAUAAGGAUGAGUGUCACAAUUUCAUUAAAGUUAUUCUAAAGAAAAACGAUGAUACCCUGUUUGUCUGUGGAACUAAUGCCUUCAACCCUUCCUGCAGAAACUAUAAGAUGGAUACUUUGGAGCCUGUUGGGGAUGAACUUAGUGGAAUGGCCAGAUGCCCCUAUGAUGCCAAACAUGCCAACAUCGCAUUGUUUGCAGAUGGAAAACUAUACUCAGCCACAGUGACUGACUUCCUUGCCAUCGAUGCAGUUAUUUACCGGAGUUUUGGAGACAGACCAACCCUACGGACCGUCAAGCACGAUUCAAAAUGGUUGAAAGAACCAUAUUUCGUCCAGGCAGUGGACUAUGGAGACUACAUCUACUUCUUCUUCAGGGAAAUAGCAGUGGAGUACAACACCAUGGGAAAGGUAGUUUUCCCAAGAGUGGCCCAGGUUUGUAAGAAUGACAUGGGAGGGUCACAGAGAGUCCUGGAGAAACAGUGGACAUCUUUCCUUAAGGCUCGCCUCAACUGCUCAGUUCCCGGAGACUCUCACUUUUAUUUUAACAUACUCCAGGCGGUUACAGACGUGAUUCGUAUUAAUGGCCGUGACGUUGUCCUGGCAACCUUUUCCACACCUUAUAACAGCAUCCCUGGGUCUGCAGUUUGUGCCUAUGACAUGCUUGACAUUGCCAAUGUUUUUACUGGGAGAUUCAAAGAACAGAAGUCUCCGGAUUCCACUUGGACACCAGUUCCUGAUGAACGAGUGCCUAAGCCCAGGCCGGGUUGCUGUGCUGGCUCAUCCUCUUUAGAAAAAUAUGCAACCUCUAACGACUUUCCUGAUGAUACCCUGAACUUCAUCAAAACACACCCACUCAUGGACGAGGCCGUGCCUUCUGUCAUCAACAGGCCGUGGUUCCUGAGGACGAUGGUCAGAUACCGCCUCACCAAAAUUGCAGUAGACACCGCGGCUGGGCCCUAUCAGAAUCACACUGUGGUUUUCCUGGGAUCAGAGAAGGGACUCAUCUUGAAGUUCUUGGCCAGAAUAGGAAACAGUGGUUUCCUAAAUGACAGCCUUUUCCUGGAGGAGAUGAGCGUUUACAAUCCUGAAAAGUGUAGCUAUGAUGGAGUAGAAGACAAGAGGAUUAUGGGAUUGCAACUGGACAAAGCAAGCAACUCUCUGUAUGUUGCAUUCUCCACCUGUGUGAUAAAGGUUCCCCUCGGUCGGUGUGAACGACAUGGGAAGUGCAAAAAGACUUGUAUCGCCUCCAGAGACCCUUACUGCGGGUGGGUGAAGGAAGGAGGUUCCUGUGCCUAUCUGUUGCCCAGCAGCAGACUAACUUUUGAACAGGACAUAGAGCGUGGCAAUACAGAUGGCCUUGGAGACUGUCACAAUUCCUUCGUGGCCCUGAAUGACAUUUCAACUCCUCUACCAGAUCAUGAAAUGUCUUACAACACAGUACAUGGGCACUCCAGUUCCCUCUUGCCCAGCACCACCUCGUCAGAUUCGACGGCGCGAGAGGGGUAUGAGUCUAGGGGAGGAAUGCUGGACUGGAAAGACCUGCUCCAUUCACCCGGCAGCACAGACCCUAUGGGGGCAGUGUCUUCCCAUAAUCACCAAGACAAGAAGGGAGUGAUUCGCGAGAGUUACCUCAAGGGCCAGGACCAGCUCGUCCCCGUCACUCUCCUGGCCAUCGCGGUCAUCCUGGCCUUCGUCAUGGGCGCCGUGUUCUCGGGCAUCGUGGUCUACUGCGUGUGCGACCACCGGCGCAAGGACGGCUCCGCGGCGCAGCGCAAGGAGGAGCUCGGCCCCUCGCGCCGGGGCUCCAUGAGCAGCGUCACCAAGCUCAGCGGCCUCUUCGGGGACCCCCAGGCCAAGGAGCCCAAGCCCCCCGAGGCCAUCCUCACGCCGCUCAUGCACAACGGCAAGCUGGCCGCGCCCGGCGGCGGCACCACAGCCAAGAUGCUCAUCAAGGCGGACCAGCACCACCUGGACCUGGCGGCGCUGCCCACGCCCGAGUCCACGCCCACGCUGCAGCAGAAGCGCAGGCCGGGCCGCGGCAGCCGCGAGUGGGAGAGGAACCAGAACCUCAUCAACGCCUGCACCAAGGACAUGCCCCCCCUGGGCUCGCCCGUGAUCCCCACGGACCUACCCCUGCGCGCCUCCCCCAGCCACAUCCCCAGCGUGGUGGUGCUGCCCAUCGCGCAGCAGGCCUACCAGCACGAGUACGUGGAUCAGCCCACCGUGAGCGAAGUGGCCCAGAUGGCCCUGGAGGACCCGGCGGCCACCCUGGAGUACAAGACCAUCAAGGACCACCUCGGCAGCAAGAGCCCCAACCACAGCCACGGGGUGAACCUGGUGGAGAACCUGGACAGCCUGCCCCCCAAGGUCCCCCAGCGGGAGGCCUCCCUGGGGCCCCCCGGGGGCGCCCCCCUGGGCAAGCGGCUGGAGAUGCACCACUCCUCCUCCUACGGGCUUGACUAUAAGAGGAGCUACCCCACGAACUCGCUCACCAGGAGCCACCAGGCUGCCACCCUCAAAAGAAACAAUACUAACUCCUCCAACUCCUCGCACCUCUCCAGGAACCCGAGCUUCGGCCGGGGGGACAACCCGCCCCCCGCCCCGCAGCGGGUGGACUCCAUCCAGGCGGCGCACGGCGCGCAGGCGGCGGCGGGCCCGGCGGGGACUGUGUCCAGGCAGCCCAGCCUCAACGCCUACAGCUCGCUGACCAGGUCGGGGCUGAAGCGCACCCCGUCGCUAAAGCCGGACGUACCCCCCAAACCUACCUUCGCCCCCCUUUCCACAUCCAUGAAGCCCAACGACGCGUGUACAUAAUCCCAGGGGGGAUGGUCAGGUGUCUGUGGAGCCGGCAGGAAAGGCGAGGCGUGCGGUGUCUGCGGCCUGAGCGCAACCAACCAGACCAAGGGGGCCCGCAGCGCCCGGACGCUGGGCCUCUGGGACUCGGGGGGGAGGACUCACACACCAAGUGGCCCACGCGGUUUGGUGAAGGUUUGCCACGCGGGACUCACCUCCAUUCUCUUCCUUCCCUCUUCCCCCAACCCAACUCCCCACUACAGGUCGUUCUCACGAAAAGACUUCAAUGAUCAUCACAAACAUGAGCCAAAAGCACAUACCCACCCAUGCCCACACGUGUGCACAUGUGCGCACACGGACACAGAAAGACACGCGCACGGACACACACACUCACACACACACAGAGACACUCACACAGUCACACAAAGGUGGACAGCAACUGCAGGAUUUUGUCCGUGACUGCACGGGGCUCUGCUUACAUAGGCUUAGCGUCCCAACUUGCAAAAUACAAAUAGAUUUUUUUUUUAAGUCAUGCAACUUAAAAAGACAAAGGAAUUCAUUGAUAAUUCUAACUCAGACUCUUAACCAUGGCAGAAGUUUACUAUGCGCAGAUACUGUGAAAUGCCCACCAGUGUUACAGCUUUCUGUUCUAAGCAGGUUAAUGCCACGUUGGGCAACUAUGUCAUAGAGUUCUGCUCCUCUCUCUCUUUUAAUGAAAUAACGUGACCGUUAACGCAAGUAACUUUAUUUAUUGUUCACCCUUUGUUUUUUCCUUAAGGAAUGGACUCCUCCACACAGCACCCCAUACGGACAGCUCUUCAGAAAGCCCCCUUGACGUGACACUAUUUAACGUGAAAUCCAUUAACUGGAAUAAUUGAGUUUCUUUAUUUUUACAAUAAAUUCACUGAGUAAAUAAGUUGGAGCUGGAAUCUGAGCUUUGUGUUUGGACUGUCUGAUCUCUAGCUAAAGGAGAACGUUCAGAAGGGGAGUAUUUAUUUAAACCUACCAGUUAACUUGCUGGUGAGAUCUCUGUGCUAUAUAACAUGCAAAAAAAAAAAAGUAAUUGGUGUAAAAGUCCUUCCAGAUCCUGACUUCUAAAGCAACUGGGAGAGGAACGUCUGGAAUGGCACAGCCAGGCCUCAUUGCUGCCAAUGCGGCUUUGGUCAGUGGUUCCUACUCUCUUGCGAAGGCACCAGCUUGUGAUGCGCCAUCUCAUUCCGCCUUGCAUGUGAGACCGCAACAAAAUCCACCAACGGUGUGAACUAAUCACUACGCUGGCUGCUACCUUGCAUAAAUUAAUGGUUUGGUCACACAGGUUUUUCGUGGGGUGACAUCUGUGAAUAGCCUGUUUUCCACAUGUAAAUGUGUGCCUUACACCCUGAGUUCUGUACACUUGUAAAAACUGUCAUUUAUGAUAAACUUUUCCCUCCUUCUGAAAUACGGAUAUUUAUUUCACCCUUACCUCACCCCACUCCAGUCCCCUGGAGGAUUUAGCUGUCCAGCAGAUAGAAGAAGAAUGCAGUGGUGAUGCUUAGAAUCUCACAGCCUGGGAAAGCUGGGUGCACAACACCCUCUAGUCGUGCCAACUCCGGUCACCCUUUGGCCAUGUUGAUUAAACAUGGACCCUAGUGUUGUGGGUGGCAAGUCCCUUCUCUCCCUCUAGAGCUCCCUGCUUCCCUUAGAUUCUCAGAUCAUUUCAACAUGGUAAUACCCUCAUUUGCCAGCAGAAAACGGACUGAAGUCCCCGUCCUUACUUCUGCCAGGUCCACGGGCUGGAGAGCACGCCGAGUGCGGUCAGGCAGGCAUCUGGGAGGAGUCGCCAAGCCGUGUGCUCCGUGCGUGCAGGCGAUGCACACAAAGAAAUGAUGCGGAAAUAGAGGCAGGCAGGCUGGUUCCUGCUAUGAUUAAUGAGUAACUCCCAAGUACAAGGCCAACUACAAUGGAUGCUGCAAAAACCUUGACUGGGGCAAAAGAUUUUUUUAAAAAUUUUAAGUUUCUUUUUUGUUGUUAUGGUUUGUAGGGGGUGGGUGGGUGGGUGGGUGUUGUUCCCCUUGGUUUUCAUUUGCGCAAGCGCACCGAAGGGACUUUUGUUGACCGUGGACAAAAGACUUGUCAACAUACUAUUCAAAACUGUGAGCAUUUCUGGUUGUUUUUUUAAACAGUUAAACAUAUUUGGUGGUCUCUUUGUCCUUUUAUUUCCAGUUUGAUCCGGGGUUAGUUUGGUCUUUAAAGGAAAGCUUUCUAAAUUUGGGGCAAUUUCUAGUUGGCAGGAAAAACCUGAUGCCUCCAUAAUCACAGAGAGACCUAGGUGUGUGGUAAGGUUGCCCGCACAACCUUUUGCCCCAGACACCUCUUACCGUUUCGCUGUUGUUUGGGGUAAGCCUUGUUGGUUUUGUGUCCUUAUAUUUUUGUUUUGUUAACUGAGGUCAGUGUUCACAUUCUGUGAACUCUGCCCUGAAACCAUGAAGUGUUUUUUAGAUAGAAACCAAGAUGCUGGUUUACCCCUUGGAUUUUCUUUAGAGAUGCGAAGUUUAGGAAGCGAUGGGUGUGUGUUACCCUGCUCCCUUCUUCCCCAAGCUCACUCCCAAGAGUAUUGAUGGGGCCGUGCCCACCAUCUCAUCCCCAUGUGUGGACGUCCUUGCCUCGGCUGUGUUAUGGAGACCUGUGUCAAAAUCCCAACCCACAGCCCUACUCCCCACAACUCAUCACGUGCAGUGUUGACCCUAGAAUGCCUACGUGUAUUAAGCUGGUCUUCUGCAUUUGAGUAUUUUUCCGCCUUUUCUUUUUUCCCCCACCCCGUGUGGGGGGGAGGGUCCAUAAACCUGAGUGUGCCUUUGCUUUCCACCCUUGCUAGACACUGGUAGAUGCAACAAACUCAGAUUUCUAUUUGUUGUAAAGUUGUAAAAAUAUUGUAAUGUCAUCAACUUUCCUUCCAUCUCCACAUCCCUUAACAUCUGAUUCACAACUUAAUGUAUGUUGUAAAAAAGAAAAGAAAAAAAAGGGG